AUGGCUCCCCACGCGGAAACGGCGUCCACUGGUGCUGCUCCGAGCACCUUCGUCGUCAAUUCCCCCAAUGUCAAUUACACGGACUCGGAAAUCCGAUCCAAAUACACCUAUCGCACCACUAGUGUCGAGACCGACGCCAAUGGCAACUUUGUGGCUACUCCCAAGGAGACGCUCUACGACUUCAAGGUCGACCGCAAGGUUCCCAAGGUCGGCAUGAUGCUUGUCGGUUGGGGUGGUAACAACGGUACCACUGUUACCGCCGGUAUCAUUGCCAACCGACGCAACCUUGUUUGGGACACCAAGGAGGGCGUCCAGGAGGCCAACUACUACGGCUCCGUCGUCAUGAGCUCGACCGUCAAGCUCGGAACUGACGCCAAGACCAACAAGGAGAUCAACAUCCCCUUCCACAACUUGCUGCCCAUGGUCCACCCCAACGACCUUGUCAUUGGAGGCUGGGACAUCAGCUCGUUGAACUUGGCCCAGGCCAUGGAUCGCGCCAAGGUCCUUGAGCCUGCUCUCAAGGCCCACGUCAGGAAGGAGAUGGCUGAGCUGACUCCCCUCCCCUCCAUCUACUACCCUGACUUCAUUGCUGCCAACCAGGAGGACCGAGCCGACAACCUCAUUGAGGGCUCCAAGGCUUGCAACGCUCACGUUGAGCAGAUCCGAAAGGACAUUCGUGACUUCAAGGCCAACAACGGCCUUGACAAGGUCGUUGUCCUGUGGACUGCCAACACCGAGCGAUACGCCGACAUCGUCGACGGAGUCAACGACACCGCCGAUAACCUUCUCAAGGCUAUUGAGCAGGGUCACGAGGAGGUUUCUCCCUCCACCGUCUUUGCUGUUGCCUGUAUCCUGGAGGGUGCCCCCUUCAUCAAUGGCUCGCCCCAGAACACCUUUGUCCCCGGUGCUAUUGAGCUUGCUGAGAAGCACAACGCCUACAUUGGUGGCGAUGACUUCAAGUCUGGCCAGACCAAGAUGAAAUCGGCUCUUGUGGACUUCCUCAUCAACGCCGGCAUCAAGUUGACCUCCAUUGCCAGCUACAACCACCUGGGCAACAACGACGGUAAGAACUUGAGCUCCCAGAAGCAGUUCCGCUCCAAGGAGAUUUCCAAGUCCAACGUCGUCGAUGACAUGGUUGAGGCCAACAGCAUCCUGUACAAGAAGGGCGAGCACCCCGACCACUGCGUUGUCAUCAAGUACAUGCCCGCUGUCGGUGACAACAAGCGUGCCCUCGACGAGUACUAUGCUGAGAUCUUCCUCGGCGGCCACCAAACCAUUUCGUUGUUCAACAUCUGCGAGGACUCUCUUCUGGCCUCGCCUCUGAUUAUUGACCUCGUCGUGGUGGCUGAGAUGAUGACCCGUAUCCAGUGGAAGGCUGCUUCCAACGACGGUCAUGAAACCUCCGAGUUCAAGCACUUCCACAGUGUUCUGAGCGUCCUGAGCUAUAUGCUCAAGGCUCCUCUUACUCCUCCGGGAACUCCCGUUGUGAAUGCUCUGGCUAAGCAGCGUGCGGCUUUGACCAACAUCUUCCGCGCCUGCGUUGGUCUCGAGCCCGAGUCCGAAAUGACCCUUGAGCACAAGCUCUUCUAG